AUGGACGACUGGAGAAGAAUUGACAUUGACGCCUUGGAACCUGAGAACCAUUUGUGCAAGCUGGACUUGAUUCCACAGGUGGACCCUGUUUCCCCUGAACAGGCACAAGCAGUAGCUCAGUCAGUGAAACAGAACUUAUCCCUGGGCAAGUUUCUAGAGGCCUUACAGACUGCAUUGGACACUCCUCCAUACGUCAGCGACGAGUCUACAAAGGUAUUACACGCGGAGACUGUUUUCGAGGUGCUUGCGUCCAUCAAGAACAAUCACAAUGCCUCUGAAUAUGGCAACUUUGUAUCACAAUUGAGUUCCGAGCAGCAAGAUACUUUGAUCAAAUACAUCUACAAAAUCAUGGGGAUGCCUUUUGGAGCGAAACAUGGCGCCUUGAUGUUGGGCUGGUUUGAAAAGACCGUGGAUGUUACUGGAAUGGGACCUGUGGUUCGGUUUUUCUCUGAUAGAAGAACCGUUUAA